AUGACGGAUUCAAACGCAAUAAACACAUAUCCAACAAGACCUGAAUUCGGGACAUACAAUCCAGAUCAGCCCGAUUCUCCAUCACGACAUAUAAGCAGUACGAGUACAGCUAUGAGAGAACGAGCUCCCGCCGCAGGAAGUCAAACAAUGACCAUUACAAAUGAGCAGGAAGGAGAUCAUCAGCAUGAGGUUGCUAUAGCUGGGAUGCUGCAUUUGCAAGGUGGUGGUGAUCAGAGAUCUGAUAGGAAGGUGAAGUGGAGGACUGGUGUUGUGGAUAAUGAGGGGAUGGGAAAGAAGACUUCAAAAUCAUGCUGUAUAUAUCACAAACCAUACUCAUUCGAUGACUCAGAUUCAUCCGAUUAUUCAACAUCAGACGAAGACAGUCCAAAUGUACCUAAUCGAUAUGAACGACAACCGAAAUACCGCAACGCACCGAAUAACAGUAGUAGUGGUAAUGGUGGUGCUAGUGGUAGUAAAUCGACUCGUAAGAAGAAGCAUAGUCAUCAUCGUCAUGACCAUUAUCAUGAAUCUUGUGAUGGACAUUGUGGAGACGGGCCAGGAGAGGCGUCAAGUGGUGGUGGUGCAAGUGGUGAUCAGAAUUUGGCCUCAUCGUGA